AGUAAAAGACCAAUCCCAUGUCUCGGAAGGCACUUUGACAAAGUCAAGCUGGAUUAACAAUGAUUAUGUGUCAGUUCCUGGCCUGGUUUAUGAGACAUCUCAACAUGCAUCUGUUUCAGCUUUAGCUUUUUAUUUUUAUUAUAACAGAGGCGUCAUGACAGUUUCUUUUUUGCUUGCGACUCCUGCGACAUGA